AUGGCCGAAUUUGCUUACAACAACGCGGUCCAUAGUAGCACGGGAAAAACUCCCUUCAAGGCCCUGUACGGUUGGGAACCUACCUUGACGCCCUCUAACGUACCUACGGAUGUUCCAGAAGCCGAUGACUUAGCCCAGACCAUGGAAAAGCAGUGGAAGGAGGUUGAAUCAGCCCUUCGGCAAUCUAAAUCGAGAAUGACUGCCGGAGAAGAGGGAAACCCAGUGGAGUUUGAGAUUGGAGAAGAAGCUUGGCUUGACGCCAAGAAUGUCAACCUCAAAACCCUGAGCCCCAAGCUAACGGAACAGCGCUUGGGACCAUUCAAGGUUACUGAAAAAAUCUCCGACCGCGCGUAUUGGCUAGAACUUCCCCCAACAAUGCGCAUUCACAAUGUAUUCUACGUCGGACUCCUAUCCAAGGUCAAGAGGGACAAGAAACGUGCCUUCGAAAAUCGUCCCCCACCAGUCACCGUGGACGGAGAAGAGGAGUACGAGGUAGAAGGGAUUACCGAUGCCAAAGAAAGGGAUGGGAAAUGGUUCUUCCGAGUCAAAUGGAAAGGAUAUGGCUCCGAGGAGAAUACAUGGGAACCCCAAGAAAACCUGAAAAAUGCGGGGAAAAUUUUAAAGAAGUACGAGGAAGAAAUGAAAAAGAAGGCCCUCGGCGCUGCCAAGGCCCUUAGAGGGGGGGCAGUGUCGUAG